AUGAGGGCUGCUUUCCAACCCAUCCAAGGAUCGACGCAUCAAUUGGUAUGGGAAGAGGCUUAUGCUGGGCUCAUUCUCUUUGCCAUGCGCUACCUGGAAGAGCUAAGGCCAGGAUCACUUAAGCUUGAAAGAUCUCAAUCACGUAUCUCGCAGGAACGUAGCGCGCACACCCUAUAUCUUUUCGCACAAGAGGCCCACCAGCUGGGCUUUCGAUCUGCUUCCAUUGAACAAAUCUUAGCAACACAUCCUGACAGACUUGAGGCGGAGAAAACUCUGAAGCGAGCCAGAGAUCCCAGCUUCUGGGCAUACGAUGGAUCUACUUUUGAAGAUCAUGUCCGACAAAUCAUGGCGUUAUACGACAAAGCCACACGGGUAUCUAUAUCACAGGGAAACCCUCGGAUAGUAUGCUACGAUGAAGGCGAGACUCUAGGUCGGAGAUCGGGUCGGCCCUUUUGGCAGGCACACGCGCAGAGCUGUGGAUUCUUAGAGUUCAAGAAUAUAAAGGCCGAAUAUCCUGAUCAACAAGGAGAAGUGACCGCCUUCUACGUACGGCGAUCAGUCUACUAUUCAUUUUUCGAGACUUCAAUUGAAAUCGACCAUCACAUCCAUCGUCUCAGUGAACAAACUGUUACAGCAAACCCGUCUGGACCAGAUAUAACCAUGAACUCUUCGUCUGCACAGGUGGAGCAACAUAGCACUUUAAAUUCACCACUACGGUCAAUAUACGAUCUAGGUACUCAGCUCGUCAGAGAUCCGCGAAGCUUGUACUCCCCAAGUGUGUACUCUAGGGAAAUGGAACUCAGUGACCCAGAUGUCAUCACUAUCAAAUUCACCGAAUGGGGCGGAUCCUUUGAAAAGCGAGUUGAAUACCACGUAGGGAAAGAAGAAGAUGUAAAGAAUAUGGCAGAGCUACUCGCAGCGAGAUUUACCUUAACUGCCUCUAGCGCCUUAAUCUUGGACCCAGAAUCUUGCCUCGAAGUCGCCUUAAAGGACCCUGAACAUAGAGUAUUUUUAGUGGAUCCCAAUGCAUACCGACGAUAA